ACGACACGCAACUUCGGGAUUAUUUCGUGGUCGAACUUCGUCGCGGUAACAAUGAGUGUCUACGGAUCGUUGACAAUAUUUUUCAUGGCGAGUUGUUUGGCUAUCGCUUUGCCUGUUCCAGAAAUACCCUCGUUUUUGAAGAUCUGUCACCGAAGCGACCCAAAUCUGAACGACUGUAUAAAGGAAUCCAUCAAAUCAGUGAAACCGUAUUUGAAAAAUGGAAUUAAGGCUCUCAGGAUCCCAGCCUGCGAGCCGCUUCGAUUGGAAGAAAUCGAGAUCAAUCAGUCCUCCGGUCCGAUCUACAUCCACGCAAAAUACAACAAUAUCUCCAUCUUCGGUGUAACUAACGUCGUUCCAAAGGCUAUCAAGCUCGACCUAGACAAGGACCGCAUGAGGCUGAAAUUCUACGUCCCAUGGUUGGAGAUGAUCGCGAAUUACCAUCUGAAGGGCAAGAUAAUGAUGCUGCCCAUCGCCGGGAGCGGCACGGGACGCGGAAAUUUCACGGACAUCGAAAUAGUCAGCACUUUGCAACUGGAACGUUACCAGAACCAGGAAACCGGGAAAAUUCAUCAGCGAGUGAGCGACAUUUACCUAGACUUUGAGAUAGGCCACGCCACCUUGGAACUGGACAAUCUGUUCGACGGCGACGACAUGCUCUCCGCGGCUAUGAAUCUUUUUCUAAACGACAACUGGAGGACCAUCGUCGCGGAGAUUAGGCCUGCCCUCGAAAAGACCAUCGGCGACCUUAUCAAAGACUUCAUCGACAAGAUUUUCUCCGCGUUUCCGGAAGACAUGUUGCUGCCACCCUGAAACGACAUUCCUUUUUUAAAACUCUCGCUUUAAUGUAAUUUAUUUAUCAGUUUCACCACAUACAUGUAACUUAUUAAGAAGAUAAUUUUUUAUAAUACUUUACUAACCGAGGAGGACCCAAAGUA